AUGCCGCUUGUGGUCGCGAGUCUCGCGACAUUUGAAGCUCCUUGUCGAGAAGUCUCACAUAACAACACACAUCACGCAAGAUAUCGAUAUGAUAUCGACGACGCGUUAUAUAUCCUGUUCGUGCAACCGCAUGCCUCACUGCGCGGAUUGGGCCAGUAACGGUCUCGUUUGUUUUGGCGCGUGCAACGCGAUCGCGAUAUACGAGCCAUGCAUACAUAUCGGCCGCGUGGUGCACACGUUGCACCGACAUCGCGAGCACGUCAGCACGGUACACUGGAUAAGGCCGAGAAACGGUACACCCGAAACGGAGUUGCUGUCCUGUUCAGUGGACGGCACCGUGAUCAUCUGGAGUGAGGAUCGCCAGAGCAACUCCUUCCGGGAUACCUCGAGUUUGGAUGUAGGACGUGCCAUAACAUUGGCAGACUCCUUUCAGUUGACUGACGACGCAUCGUCGACUUGCUCGAGGCUGCUGGUAUGCGUAGGUACCGGUAACGAGUUGAAAGUGUGUUCGAGGGAGAAUAACGACAUUAAAGUCGUCCAGACUAUGGACUUUGGCGGUAAAUUUUCGCUUCAUUGUCGCUUAACACAUCUACCAAAUACCAAAUAUCUUCUGAUGGCCACAGCAUUGGAGAACUCCUCCGUCGUGCUAUGCACCGCGGAUGAAUUGCAAUUGAAUUUUGUGAAAGUGCAGAGUCUGUUGGGACAUCAAGAUUGGGUAAAGUGUAUGGACUUUUGUCAUUGCGACAACGGGGAUAUUUUCCUCGCGACAGGCUCGGAGGAUACUACGAUACGAUUGUGGAAAAUCAGUCAAACUGUCACAACACCAUUGUACAAUGAGCUCAUGCAGAAGAGAGAAAUCUUCACAAUAGACAAUGUAGAAUAUGAUGUCACUUUGGAAACUAUUCUUUAUGGUCAUGAAAGCUGGGUCUAUGGAGUGCAUUGGCAACCAACUCAGGAAAAGAAGAAUCAUGAUCGUCGAUCAAUGAAACUAUUGUCUUCUUCGUUUGACAAAUCCAUGAUUAUAUGGAAAUUAGACGACUGUACUGAGAUAUGGACAGAAGAAGUACGUGUUGGGGAAGUCGGUGGUAAUUCCCUGGGUUUCUAUGGCUGCAAGUUUGGCCCAGAUGGGCUGCAUAUAUUGGGCCAUGAUUACCAGGGUUCUUUUCAUAUCUGGAAAUAUUCUCAAGAGAUUGCAAAGUGGCUUCCACGAUCUGCACCCAGUGGACAUUUUUCUGAAGUAGUCGAUUUGUGUUGGGAACCUAAAGGCAGGUUCCUCCUCACAGCCAGUACGGACAAGACCACGAGAAUUCACGCGUUGUGGAAGGAUGACGAAGAAGAACGAUGGCACGAGAUCGCGCGUCCUCAAGUUCACGGACACGACAUGUCGUGUCUGGUUAUGUUGGCGCCGUAUAUGUACGCUUCCGGAGCGGAAGAGAAAGUGAUACGUGUUUUCACAGCCACGUCGGCGUUCAGAGACCGUUUGGGAUCGCUGGCAGACGUGGAAGAUUUCAAGUCUGUAGCAACUCGUAGGGCCACUGUGCCUUCUCUUGGGUUAACGAACAAGGCGACACUUGAUGAGGAAUUCGCCGAGUGUAAAAACGCAGAGAAUCCAGUGACAGAGGGAUAUGAAACACCCACGGAGGAGGAGCUGACCCAAAAUACGCUUUGGCCGGAAUUGAAGAAGCUUUACGGACAUGGCUAUGAGAUAUUUUGCAUGGCAGCGAGACACGACGGCAGUCUACUGGCUACAGCAUGCAAAUCGACAAGUUUGGAACAUGCAGCGAUUAUAUUGUGGAGCACCACUACGUGGUCACAAAUUCAGAGAUUGGUCUCACAUCAGCUGACCGUGACGCAAAUGGAAUUCUCGCCGAACGACAUGUAUUUAUUAUCGGUCUCCAGAGACCGGAAAUGGUCGCUGUACAAAAAGCACGAUGAAAGUUACACGUUGACCGCGACUAGCUCGAAAAAUGACAGUCCACACUUGCGAAUUAUCUGGUGCUGUGCCUGGACAAUGGACUCGAAUUACUUUGCAACCGGGUCCAGAGAUGGUAAAGUCGGUAUAUGGUCCGUGAGGACAGAAGAAGACAAUGUCACUCGCGAGGCGACCCUCGAUACACAGAACCAGUCGGUUACAGCUGUGUGUUUCGCGCCUCAUAAGGAUUUCAUCUCACAAGGAUUUCACGUUUUGGCGAUGGGAUUUGAAAUAGGACAUAUAGAAAUCUACAUGUUAACCAUGAACGGUGAAGUCGUCGAAUGGACAAAAUUGGUGAAAUAUGAUACUUCUGAAGCUCAUCACUUAACCGUGAAAAAGCUCGUGUUUCAACCUAGGAAUGAACAGUGGCCUAACACAUUACGAUUAGCGAGUUGUAGUUCUGACCAUACUGUUAAGAUACGAGAUAUAUCGUUCGAGAUAGGGUUCAAGUGUAAUAUAGCGUGUAGUAUUUUAACUAGACCAAAGUAAAUUUUACAAUAAGUUUCUACUUUGUGUUGUAUUGCGUUAUUUUUACACAAUUAUAUGGAAAAUACAACAAAGUUAUUUUCAUA